UGUGUGAGGGACACCCCGAGGGCCUGCCCCUGUCAGAGCUGGGAGCUGAGCUGGCCUUUCUCCCCAGUACAGGCUGGGCCCGGCCCUGGGCCGUGCUGUGAGGCACUGGCCCUGGCCCUGGCCGGGAGCAGUAACUGAAGGCAGCAGAUGAUGCAGGAAUGCAGUGUGGAGCUGCCAGCCCUGGGCCCAGCCUGAUCAUCAGUAUCGCUGGAAAGAGAAGAAAUGAGGAGGACUCAAACAAGGCUGUUGUUUGCGAGGUGGCCGAGCCGCUGUCCAACACAUGCCGCGCCCCCCGUCCCUCCCCAGACGCAGCGCGGCCCCGGGCAGCCUAAUCCCUGCAGGGAGAGCACAUGAAAUCAGAUGGACAAGUUUUGAUGUGAGGCAGCAGCUUAGGGCAGGCUCAGGUUUCCUUUAGGUUUUUCUAUAUUUAUCUCUGUGAUUUAAUGCCAGCGCCAGGGUUUAAAUGCCACCAAACAGUUGGUGUUAGGAGACAGAGCAGCCGCUGCUCAGCCGCACACUCUGAGGAGGCUGCUCCCCGUCAGCCACUUGCCCAUGGAGCUCUUCGAGACCAGCCCGUACUUCUUUCCAGACCAGAGAUUUUACGAUGGCGAAAACUAUUUGAGCUCCCGUUUGCAGGGCUACGAGCAGGGGUCGUACCAGGAGCGGCCGGGCCUGGGGCUGUGUCCUGAGGGCAGGACGGGGCUGGAGGAGAAGGGCUCACCCCUGCCUGAGCACUGCCCCGGCCAAUGUCUGCCCUGGGCGUGCAAGAUCUGCAAGAGGAAAACUGUCUCCAUCGACCGGCGCCGUGCCGCCACCCUGCGGGAGAAGCGGAGAUUAAAAAAGGUGAACGAGGCCUUCGAGGCCCUGAAACGGAGCACAUUACUGAACCCCAACCAGCGGCUGCCCAAGGUGGAGAUCCUGCGCAGCGCCAUCCAGUACAUCGAGCGCCUGCAGAGCCUGCUCAGCACCCUCAACCAGCAGGAGCGGGAGCAGAGGGACCUGCGUUACCGCAGCACUGCCUCGCAGCCAGGGGUGGCCAGUGAGUGUGGGUCCAACAGCGCCUCCUGCAGUCCAGAGUGGAGCACCCAACUGGAGUUCAGCAGUCACCCUGGGGAUCACUUGUUAAAUGACGAGUCCUCUGAAGACCACAACCUCCACUCCCUGUCCUCAAUUGUCGAAAGCAUCGCGGUGGAGGAUGUGGCUGUCACGUUCCAAGAAGAGAGGGUUCAAAACUGAGGCUGGUGGAAGCCUCUGGGGCUUUUCAGAGUCUUCCCCAGCUGGUAAUGAAGUGGAAACAUGGCACCAGAACUCUUCAGACACUGGAAAAUGUAUUUACCUGUCCAAAGUCAUAGACUGUAACUGGUGAAGCCACUUAUCCAAUUCCCUAAUCAUUGCAGAGUGUUUCCACUUGGUCAGCUAAGAGGCAAAGGAUAAACCGGCUGUUUAAAAUGAAGCCUACAUUAAUACACAAGCUGGUGACCCGAUUUUCAGGGGUGCUGAGUCCCCACUUCAAUAGGAGUUAUGGGUACUCAGCCUCUCUGAAAAAAAGGGCUAGAAGUGACUGAUCAAAGCAUUUUGACAUGAUUUAUUGUAAGUGGUACUUAAGGGAGGGGGGCAGAAGCAACAAUAGAAGGAAGGAUUCCAGCGGGGGCUUUGUGUUUCGUUCCCUGUUUGUGGAAGUUUGUUUCUUUGGGGGCCAAUGUUUGUGUGUGGGGUUUUUGUUUUUUUUAAAAAGAUGCUGUUUGACCAACUUCCUUUGCCAGCUGGCAUUUUGCAGGCGCAGGAGCCGUGUAAAUGCUGCCAUCGGGGUCUUUUCUACUGAGCGCUGUGUGGAGUUGCCGGGAUGGUUUUUUUUAUUGUUAUUUUUGCUAACUUAUUUGGAUUUUUUUUUUUUUAAAUAAAGGCAGUCUCGUUUGAAA